AUGACCACCGACGACAAGAAUAGCAACAGCCAUGCCGGCCUACACAGAUUCACCUUCACUUCUAACCAUGCAAUUAUUCCUCUCCUCCUCCUCCUCCUCCUCCUCCUUUCUCCCACCGUCCGAUCACAAUCCAGUCCACCAGAAAUCAACAACCAAUACCGAUACAACAAUUUCAGCCCUUCGAUGGCGAUUAUAAUCGUAGUCCUCAUCGCCGCCCUCUUCUUAAUGGGUUUCUUAUCCAUCUAUAUCCGCCACUGCUCCAACUCCUCCAAUGGCAACAGCGUCCGCGCCGUCCUCUCCAUGCGCUCCCGACGCGCCGCCGCAGCGCGUGGCCUAGAUCCAUCAGUCAUCGAAAAGUUUCCCACUUUCGCCUACACCGAAGUCAAAGACCGGAAGAUCGGGAAGGGAGCCUUGGAAUGCGCGGUCUGUCUCAAUGAAUUUGAAGACGAUGAGACACUUCGUCUGAUCCCGAAAUGCGAUCACGUGUUCCACCCAGAAUGCAUCGACGCCUGGCUCACCGCUCACAUAACCUGUCCGGUCUGCCGUGCAGACCUUGUAGCACAACCCGGUGAGUCCAUACACCUCCCGCCUCAAUCACAAACUGAAAUUGAUAUAGAAAAUCAAGCAACUGAUGAGGCAGACGUCAUGGCCAACGGCAACGUAUCAACUAGCCUGAGCCGUGAGCAAGAAAAGUCGGGACCAAUGAAGCGGACUCUGAGUAUGAAUCAGAACCGGCCGCCGAGGUCGGGGUAUGCAAGACCCAGGCUGUUCGGCAGGUUUAGGUCACAUUCAACUGGGCAUUCUUUGGUUCAACCGGGGGAGAAUACGGACCGGUUUACUCUGAGAUUACCGGUGGAGGUUAGGAAGGAAGUAAUGGACCGGGCAAUAUUGAACCGGACACCGAGUUGUGCAACAAAAGUUUAUCGAAAUGGGGAGGGGAGUGGUAGAGGUAGGUCUUUCAAAAGAUUAGAGAUAUUGGACCGGUCUUCAGACCGAUGGGCGUUCUCGAUGGCUCCACCAUUCUUUUCAAGGACAUCGUCGGUGAGGUCUCCAAAGGUGGGAGGGGAUACCGGUGAGGAAUCCACUUCAUCAUCGUCAUCGAGGAUGAUCAAAGGCAGGAUGAUCAAAAUGGCAUCUUUUAAUUGUUUGGACACGAAGGAUUAUUGUGGUCUGGUAUCGGCCGACUCGGCUAAGCCCUCGGUUUAA